CCCGCCCCCCGGCCUCCCCGCUGCUGCUCCCCGGCGGAGGCAAGAGGUGGUUGGGGGGGACCAUGGCUGACGUUUUCCCGUCCAACGACUCCACGGCGUCUCAGGACGUGGCCAACCGGUUCGCCCGCAAAGGGGCGCUGAGGCAGAAGAACGUGCACGAGGUGAAGGACCACAAAUUCAUCGCCCGCUUCUUCAAGCAGCCCACCUUCUGCAGCCACUGCACCGACUUCAUCUGGGGGUUUGGGAAACAAGGCUUCCAGUGCCAAGUUUGCUGUUUUGUGGUUCACAAGAGGUGCCAUGAGUUUGUUACUUUUUCUUGCCCGGGUGCCGAUAAGGGACCUGACACUGACGACCCAAGGAGCAAGCACAAAUUUAAAAUCCACACUUAUGGAAGCCCCACCUUCUGUGAUCAUUGUGGGUCAUUGCUGUACGGACUCAUUCACCAAGGGAUGAAAUGUGACACCUGCGACAUGAACGUUCACAAGCAGUGUGUAAUAAAUGUCCCCAGCCUCUGUGGAAUGGAUCACACAGAGAAGAGAGGGCGAAUUUACCUGAAGGCUGAAGUUGCUGAUGAGAAGCUCCGCGUCACAGUACGAGAUGCAAAAAAUCUAAUCCCUAUGGAUCCAAAUGGGCUUUCAGAUCCUUACGUGAAGCUGAAACUUAUUCCUGAUCCUAAGAAUGAAAGCAAACAAAAAACCAAAACCAUCCGCUCUACACUAAACCCUCAGUGGAAUGAGGCCUUCACAUUCAAAUUAAAGCCUUCAGACAAAGACCGACGAUUGUCUGUAGAAAUCUGGGACUGGGAUCGAACAACAAGAAAUGACUUCAUGGGAUCCCUUUCCUUUGGAGUUUCAGAGCUGAUGAAGAUGCCGGCCAGUGGAUGGUACAAGUUGCUUAACCAAGAAGAAGGUGAGUACUACAAUGUACCCAUUCCAGAAGGGGAUGAAGAAGGAAAUAUGGAGCUCAGGCAGAAAUUUGAGAAAGCCAAGCUUGGCCCCGCUGGGAACAAAGUGAUCAGUCCUUCAGAAGAUAGGAAACCUUCCAACAACCUGGAUCGAGUAAAACUCACGGACUUCAAUUUCCUCAUGGUCCUAGGGAAGGGGAGUUUUGGAAAGGUGAUGCUUGCUGACAGGAAGGGCACAGAAGAGCUGUAUGCUAUCAAGAUUCUCAAGAAGGACGUGGUGAUCCAGGAUGACGACGUGGAGUGCACCAUGGUGGAGAAGCGAGUUCUGGCCCUGCUCGACAAGCCUCCAUUCCUGACGCAGCUCCACUCCUGCUUCCAGACAGUGGAUCGCCUGUACUUCGUCAUGGAGUAUGUCAACGGUGGGGACCUCAUGUACCACAUUCAGCAAGUCGGGAAAUUUAAGGAGCCACAAGCAGUAUUCUAUGCAGCAGAGAUUUCCAUUGGAUUGUUCUUUCUUCAUAAAAGAGGAAUCAUUUAUAGGGAUCUGAAAUUAGAUAAUGUCAUGCUGGAUUCGGAAGGACAUAUCAAGAUUGCCGACUUUGGGAUGUGCAAGGAGCACAUGAUGGAUGGCGUCACAACCAGGACCUUCUGUGGGACUCCAGAUUAUAUUGCCCCGGAGAUAAUCGCUUAUCAGCCGUAUGCGAAAUCCGUGGACUGGUGGGCGUAUGGCGUCCUAUUAUACGAAAUGCUAGCUGGCCAGCCUCCCUUUGAUGGCGAAGAUGAAGAUGAACUCUUUCAGUCUAUAAUGGAGCAUAACGUGUCCUAUCCAAAAUCCUUGUCCAAGGAGGCCGUUUCCAUCUGCAAAGGACUGAUGACCAAACACCCCGCCAAGCGGCUGGGCUGUGGGCCUGAGGGUGAGAGGGAUGUAAGAGAGCAUGCCUUCUUCCGGAGAAUCGACUGGGAGAAACUGGAGAACCGGGAGAUCCAGCCGCCGUUCAAGCCCAAAGUGAAACAAAAACCAAACAAGUCUAUUACACUGGCAUGAAGAUAAGACAGCCACCUAACUCCCUUGUCUUUGUGAGAAAAGCUCAAAGCAAGCCAGUUUCCAUGAUCUCGUCAAGAAAACACAGAGGAUCUCUGCAGUCAGUGCCGUUGGCCCCGAGCUCCACAGACACUACGGAGUCAAUGCUGCAUUUUGCGGAUGUUCUUAACAAUCAACCUGAGUCAUCAAAAAAGAGCCUCAUUUAUGUCCAGAAGAGCCCAUGUGAGAAGAUACGUGUUUUGCUUUUUUAAGUUUAUAACGGAUGUCACCUCCAAAAAGAUCCAUCUUCCAUUGUGGUUGUUGGGUGCUGUUGAUUCCAACUCACAGCGACCGUAUAUGACAGAGUAAAACUGUCCCAUAGGGUUUCCUAGGCUGUAAUCUACAUAGGAGCAGAUCGCCAGGUCCUUCUCCCACAGAGCAGCUGGUGUGUUCAAACCGCGCACCUUUCAGUUAGCAGCCAAACGCUUAACCAUCGCACCACCGGGGCUCCUUAAUCUUCCAUUAUUCAGGGAGAACCUGGAGCAUCCAGCCUGCCUGCAGGGCUGUACCAGCUAAGGAGGAGGUGCUGUGUGAAAGGAGGACUACAGCCAGCCUACUCAGCCCAGCAACCUGCAAACUCAGGACAAAAUUAAGCUUUCAUUCUUCCUUGACCGAAAAAUAAAAGGCCCAAUUUUCAUCUCUGUGGCGUGCCCUCAGAGACACGAACAGGAAUUCAAAAUUCUGAUCCAAUGCCACUUUGAGUUUUAUAGGCUUUAUCCUGAUUUAUUAUUCAUGUGAAUAAAAUGCCCUUCACAUUUCCGCUCAUCCUGCCAGGGGUGAGUAAUAGUUUAUACAAGUACUAGAAGUGUAAAGUUAAUUGAUUUUCCUUAUUCUCUAUACUCCCACCAAGGAACAGGAUAGUUAGUUCAUAAGCAAGCCUAAAACAUUCACUGUACUUAUUAGAAAGAGAGAGAAAUUAAUGUAGAGUGUUAACACCAAAAAAUAUAUCCCAGAGUACUUUGGAAAUAGGCCAGCUAGCUGUUAUAGGUAGCUUUUCUUAGGAAAUUGCUGUAGUUAUUAUAACAAAAAGAAAUCAGGGAAAAAAAAAAAAGCUAUUAUCAGGACAAUGUCGUCCUUGCAGUCACAGUGAAAGAGAAUAAGAGCACUGAAAGUAAGAGCAGGUGCUUUACAAGAAGAUGCAAUCAGGGUUAACUGUCCACUCACUGGAAAUCCUUUAUUCAAUAGUGCCAUUAGCUUGUUUAGAGAGCUUGAUGAUACUCUAAUGAUCAAAGUCGGUGCAGUGCUCAUUAAAAAAAAAAAAGGUUUUUAUUUUGAAAUAACUUUUAAUUUCAUACUUAGAAAAGGGUUGCAUAAAGAAUUCCUGUAUAUAUUCCUUUAUAUAGUCUAUAUAAAGAAUUCCCAUAUAUCCUUUACCCAGAUUCCCAAAAUGUUAAAAUUUUACCAUGUUUGCUUCAUUAUUCAUUCCUUCUCUACAUGCAGGGGCGGAUUAUCCAAUAAGCAAGGUAAGCACAGUGCUUACCUUGCUUACCAGAUCAUCUGUAGUGAACAAUUUCACAUUUUUUUCACCACAUCAAAGAUUCUGCUUCUAGGUAUGGCUGGCAUCUGUCUCUCUCCCAACCCGACAGCACCUUCCUACAGAAUCAAAGCCUGUUUUCAAAUUUAUAGUCCCUGACAGGGGCGGAUGACCCAGUAAGCAAGGUAAACAUGGGCUGAUUUGUGCGUACUUAGCUGUAGUGAACAAUUUCUCAUGUUUUUCACCACAUCAAAGCCUGUGUUUGUCAGCAAACUCAUCAGUACAACCAGCCUCCUUUGGAGGAGGCUUGACCCUUUCUGAGCUAAUGCUCUAAGGCAGUAGGUGAGACCAAACCAAAAAACAAACCCAUUGCCAUCCAGUCAAUUCCGACUCAGAGCAGAACUGCCCCACAGAGUUUCCAAGGAGCCCCUGGUGGAUUAGAACUACCAACCUUUUGGUUAGCAGCCAUAGCUCUUAACCACUACGCCACCAGGGUUCCUAGGAAUUAAGACGGUGCUAUUUAAUUUUGUCUGAGAAACCAAAGCCUGCCUCCAAUCUCUGGCCACAGGUGAUGUUUUCAGGAGUGAAAAACCAAAGAUGCAUUGCCAUCGAAUCAAUUCCGACUCAUAGCCACCCUGUAGGAGAGAGCAGAACUGCCCCAUGGGGUUUCCAAGGCUGUCAUCUUUAAGGAGGCAGACUGCCACAUCUUUCUCCCAUGGAGCAGCUUUUGGUUAGCAGCUGAGCACUUAACCUCUGCACCACCAGGGCUUCUUUGUAGGAGUGAAGCAGGUCU